GAGAAAGGCAAUAAAGGGAGACAGGAGCUGCACUUUUGCCGACGAGCAUCUCUGCCGUCCUGCUUCACUGUACGGUGAUCACUGGCCCCCGGAUCUGCGAGCACACACACACACACACACACACACACAUACAGGGACUGCUCUGGAAACGGCAGAGUUCAUCAAUGUAACUCCGCUCAGUCCGAAGCUGCGCCGUUUACCUGGAUAAGUCCAUCCAACGAGAGGAGAGAGGAACACACAGAGACUGAGGCGCGUGGAGUGUCGACGUGAAACCCCGUGCAGGAAAAAAAAAGAGAAGAAUAUGAUUUUCAAGCAGAACCUGAUCUUCAUCCUGUACAGCCUCUGCGCGAGCGUCUUUAAAGUGGCUGGGACAAAAGGCAAAACGAAAGGUGGCCAAGGUCAGGUCCCCAUUACUCAGAAUGUGACGGUGGUGGAGGGGGGCGCAGCCAACAUGACCUGUCGUGUGGAUUUCAAUGAUAACACUUCCCUCCAGUGGUCAAACCCAGCACAACAGACCCUAUUCUUUGGGGACAAGAAAGCUCUGAGGGACCACAGAAUCGAGCUGGUGCGAGCCUCUUCGCAGGAGCUCACCAUCAAAAUCGGUGACGUCAGCCUGUCAGACGAGGGCCUGUACACCUGCUCGCUCUUCACCAUGCCUGUCAAGACCACCAAGGCCUUUCUCACUGUUCUGGGAGUGCCAGGACGACCAGAGAUCACAGGAUUCACCAAACCUGCCAUGGAGGGAGACAUAAUCACCCUGACGUGUACCACAUCAGGCAGCAAACCAGCUGCCAACAUCCGGUGGUUCAAGAAUGACAAGGAGGUCCAAGGAAUGACGAAGGCGAAUUCCACUGCAAAAUCCUUCACAGUGAGCAGUAUCCUCCAGUUCCAGGUGGACAGACGGGAUGAUGGCGCUGCCUACACCUGCAGUGUGGAGCAUGUGUCUCUGUCCAACCCUUACAUGACGACUGAGGUCCUGGAGGUCCACUAUGCUCCCCAUCUGGAGAUCACGCAUGCACUGAUUAUUCCACAGGAAGGGCAAUACUUCAAAUUGGAGUGUGUUUCCAUAGGCAACCCAAAACCUGAACCAGUGCUGUGGUCCAAAGACGGAGGGGAGCUGCCAGAUAUCGAGCGCAUGAUUGUGGAGGGCAGGGAACUAACCAUCACCACACUAAACAAAACAGACAAUGGCACAUACCGCUGUGAGGCCAGCAACCACCUGGGGACCAGCAGCGCUGAAUAUAUACUGUUUGUAUAUGAUCCUAAUGCUUUAGGACAACACGGACCUGACCACGCUUUAAUUGGCGGGGUUGUUGCAGUCGUGGUCUUCAUCACUUUGUGUCUGAUAAUAGUUCUUGGACGAUAUCUGGCCAGACAUAAAGGAACAUACCUCACACACGAGGCAAAAGGAGCAGAGGACGCCCCUGAUGCAGACACAGCCAUCAUCAAUGCUGAGGGAAACCAUGUGCAUGCAGAAGAAAAGAAAGAGUAUUUCAUUUAGACUUCUGUCACUCCUCUCCUUUGUUUCAUGACCACUUUCGACAGCAGACAUGCAAAUUUAAAGCUGCUUCGGUUUCACUACAUGAUCAGUUUUGCUUUACUGACUUAUUCUUUUGUCUUCUCCAGAAAGCUCAUGCUUGGAUAUGCUUCUUUUCAAAGCAUUCACUGACAAUAUAGCCUUCUUUUUUUGUAAUCAAUGUAAACCAUGUACAAUUGGAUUGUUACCAUUUCAGUUUCACGGUGCCUAAAUGCUGUACAUUUUUCUGCGUUCCUUUCUAUGCUUGCAUCUUUUCUCUACUCCUCUUACUUUACCUGUUGUUCAACUUUUUGCAGAUUUUUAAAACCUGGAAGCAACACGAAAUGUGAUAACACUGAAGUGGGAGUCUUAGAAGUUGUAGAUUUCAAACUGCUUUAAAAGCAAGAUAUGUUCAUUUUACCAAGUUUUCACAUAUAAACCUCAGAAAGGUCUUUUUGGGUAAGAAAAAAAGGGUUUUUGAAAUGUCCUCACCACAAUCAUACAUUCACAAAGUCAUAUUGACAAGACAGAAAAUAGAAGCACAGUCCACGUGAUUGUCUCCAGAUAUAAUCCCGUCCCUCUUAACACUGUCUGUAUAUUUCUGCAUUGAUUUAUUUUCACUUUCUACUCAUGCUGUUUAUUUCUUCAAACAGAGAACAAGUUAGAAAAUUAAAGCACAACAGUCUGAGGACUAACAUGGUGGGAAAACACAUCAACUGUUACUUGUCUCAGGAUUCAAUUUGAGUCUAGAUGGAGAGAUGGGUUCUGACACGUGAUAAUGAUUUCAGUUCACUUGCCGUUGUCGUCAUGGAUGAGGAACUUUAAUUUUUUUGUUGGUGAUUUGACGUUAGAUCCAGACUGAAUGAGUGGAACCUCGUUAGGGUUCAUUCUUUAUGUUGAAUUUUAUUGAACAACUAUGCUCAAUGUGUGGAUAUUGCUGUAAAAUACUUUGCUAACGUGAAUAUUGGUGAACAAUAUUGUUGAAUCUUGGGAUCCCUGAUACAUUGCAAUUUGUAUAUUAGCAUAUACAGUAUUUAAAGUAUUCCACAAGUCUUCAUUUUUUCCAUUUAUCCAACAAGGUUGUUUUGCCUGAUGGCAUGUAAAUAAUGUGUAAGUAUUCAAUUUUAGUAAAAGAUCCAACACUGAUUAUAGAUUUUAAUUUCAGCUCUUAUUAGUUCAUGACACUUUGAUGAGAUUGUUUUCACACUUUGGAAGAUUUUUUUUAAAACAGGGAUUCUAAUGAAUUGCUUCAAAUGUAAAAAAAAAAAAAGACAAAAAAUCUGGUCAAAAAAUCUAUGUAUUUAUUAUUAUGAUUGAUUGACAUUUAUUAUAUAGUAAUAUAUUGAUUGAUAUUAUUGCUGUUACUAAAGUAGUUGUCUGACAUUAACUUUUCCAUUUUUUAAUUCUGUAAUUUAUCAUGAAACAAUACAAGGAUCACCGUUAUGGCCUUUGAGUUUGCUGCAAACAGUACUAAUGACAUGUUGAGGCAUUGGUGAAUCAGACAUCCCCUCACUGUAAAAAGUCACUGUAUCAAAGACAUCUGAACACAUUGCCAAUGCUCAUACAUGUUAUUUUGUUAGUUCAAUAUGAUGCUAUAAAUAACUCAUUUUGUACAAAGUUUUAAUGGCUGUAAUUUAUUUGCUUUUUAUGGGGGAUGUGUGAGGUUUGCUUUUUUCUCAGUAUUGAAUAUUCAUUUUUCAACUAUGCCACUGUAAAAAAAAAAAAGAGAAAAGAGAGAUGAAGUGCGGAUUAAAAUAUGAACAACUUGAAAACUGCCA